GCUCCCCCCUCUGUCUCUGUAUUGCCUGUCAGGGCACCCGACCUUACCAUGCAACGUGCUCAAAUUCAAGUCCACCACCAUCAUGUUGGACUGCGGGCUGGAUAUGACUUCCACCCUCAAUUUCCUUCCUCUUCCCCUUGUUCAAAGCCCCAGGCUGUCGGACCUUCCUGGCUGGUCCUUAAAGGACGGGAACCCUUUCCUGGACAAGGAGCUAAAGGAGUGCUCGGGUCAUGUAUUUGUGGAUUCUGUGCCGGAAUUCUGCUUACCAGAGACUGAGCUCAUAGACCUGUCCACGGUGGACGUCAUCCUCAUCUCCAACUACCACUGCAUGAUGGCGCUGCCCUACGUCACCGAGCACACGGGCUUCAGCGGCACGGUCUACGCCACAGAGCCCACCGUGCAGAUCGGCAGGCUUCUCAUGGAGGAGCUGGUGAACUUCAUUGAGAGAGUGCCCAAGGCCCAGUCAGCCUCCCUGUGGAAGAACAAGGAUAUUCAGCGGCUGCUGCCCUCCCCCCUCAAGGACGCCGUGGAGGUUGCCACGUGGAGGGGAUGCUACACCAUGCAAGAGGUCAACGCCGCCCUCAGUAAGAUCCGGCUGGUGGGCUACUCCCAGAAAAUUGAGCUUUUCGGCGCCGUCCAGGUGACUCCUCUGAGCUCUGGCUAUGCCCUCGGGAGCUCCAACUGGAUCAUCCAGUCCCACUAUGAGAAAGUGUCCUACGUGUCUGGGUCCUCCUUGCUCACCACUCACCCCCAGCCCAUGGACCAGGCGUCCCUCAAAAACAGCGACGUUCUCCUCCUCACGGGCCUCACCCAGACCCCCACUGCGAACCCCGAUGGCAUGGUGGGCGACUUCUGCAGCAACCUCGCGCUGACAGUGCGGAAUGGAGGCAACGUGCUGGUUCCCUGCUACCCUUCUGGAGUGAUCUAUGACCUUCUGGAAUGCCUGUAUCAGUACAUUGACUCGGCCGGCCUCGCCAACAUCCCGUUCUACUUCAUCUCCCCGGUGGCUAACAGUUCGCUGGAGUUUUCCCAGAUAUUUGCCGAGUGGCUUUGCCACAACAAGCAGAGCAAGGUGUACCUCCCCGAGCCGCCGUUCCCGCACGCCGAGCUCAUCCAGACCAGCAAGCUGAAGCACUACCCCAGCAUCCACGGGGGCUUCAGCAACGACUUCCGGCAGCCGUGCGUGGUGUUCACGGGGCACCCCUCGCUCCGGUUUGGGGACGUGGUCCACUUCAUGGAGCUCUGGGGAAAGUCCAGUCUCAACACGGUCAUUUUCACAGAACCCGACUUCUCCUACCUGGAGGCCCUGGCUCCCUACCAGCCCUUGGCCAUGAAGUGCAUCUACUGCCCCAUCGACACGCGGCUGAAUUUCAUCCAGGUGUCCAAGCUGCUGAAGGAGGUGCAGCCCCUCCACGUGGUCUGCCCCGAGCAGUACACGCAGCCGCCCCCCGCCCAGUCCCACCGGAUGGACCUGAUGAUCGACUGCCAGCCGCCCCCCAUGUCCUACCGGCGGGCCGAGGUCCUCGCCCUACCCUUCAAGCGUCGCUACGAGAAGAUUGAGAUCACGCCAGAGCUCGCAGAUUCCCUGGUGCCCAUGGAGAUCAAGCCCGGCAUUUCCUUGGCAACCGUUUCAGCCGUGCUGCAGACUAAGGAUAACAAGCACGUCCUGCAGCCCCCACCGAGGCCGGCCCAGCCCCCCAGCGGGAAGAAGCGGAAGCGGGCUGGCGACGACAUCCCCGACUGCAAAGCCCUGAAGCCCUUGCUGAGCGGCUCCAUCCCCGUGGGCCAGUUUGUGCAGACCCUGGAGAAGCACGGCUUCAGCGACAUUAAGGUGGAAGACACGGCCAAGGGCCACAUCGUCCUGCUCCAGGAGGCCGAGACGCUGAUCCAGCUGGAGGAGGACUCCACCCACAUCAUCUGCGACCACGACGAGGUGCUCAGGGUGCGCCUGCGCGACCUUGUCCUCAAGUUCCUGCAGAAGUUCUAGCGCCUGGAGCCUCGUCCUGCCGCGCUCGCCGGCCCAGGCGCGCUCAGGUCCGGGCGUCAGGGCCUGGGGGCCCGCGGGGGGCAGGCCGGCACCCGGCCUCUGCUCCCAGCACCGCUGCAGGCAGGACAGACCCCUCCCAGGUCCACCCCGGCUGGGGACGGCCGGGGAGUCUCAGAAGCAGCUUCGAGAGAAACGGCGAGGGAGGUGAAAGUGGCUGGCCCGAGGGCCCGUGUCCCUGCGGAUGCGGCUCCCGGAGGGCCUCGGCCUUGCUUGUGUUUACUGACGCUGCUGUGCCUGCAGACAUCGCAUUAGUAAAGUGAACUCGUCUGUUUUAUACCGUGAGCCACUUGGUUAAUAAAGCGUAUUUUUAUCGGUGUCUGUGUCCUGUGACCCUACAGCUCCCACACCGCCUUAGGAAGUGGCCCACGAACUUCAAAAGCUCCUCAGCAGUGCGAGAAGGGGUGAGUCUC